AUGUCCUCCCAGCUCGCUGCAUUCCGUGUCCCCGUCAUUGACAAUGAGCCCAUGCGCGCCUAUGCCGCCGGCUCCUCCGACCGUGCUGGCCUCGAAGCCGCCGUCAAGAAGAUGAUCUCCCAAGCCCCCUUCGAGAUCCCCUGCAUCGUCGACGGCAAGCCCGUCAAGACUGGCGACAUCCAGUCCCAGCCUAUGCCCCACGACCACGCCAACAACCUAUGCACCUACCACGCCGCCACCCCCGAGAUCGUCAAGAAUGCCAUCGAGAGCUCGCUGCGCGCCAAGUCCCAGUGGGAGGAGAUGCCGUGGGCGGACCGCGCUGCCAUCUUCUUGAAGGCCGCGGACCUCAUUGCUGGCAAGUACAGGUUUGAGAUCAUGGCGGCAACCAUGCUGGGUCAGGGAAAGAACGCUUGGCAGGCUGAGAUUGACGCUGCUGCGGAGCUCGUCGACUUCUUCCGGUUCAGUGUCAAGUACGUCGAGGAGCUGUACGCCCAGCAACCUCCUCGCAACUCUGCCGGUACCUGGAACCGCACGGAGUUCCGCCCCCUCGAAGGCUUCGUCCUCGCCGUCACCCCCUUCAACUUCACCGCUAUCGGCGGUAACCUAGUCGGCGCUCCCGUCAUCGUCGGCAACGUCUGUGUCUGGAAGCCCUCUCCCAUGGCCACCUACUCCAACUUCCUCAUCCACAAGAUCCUGCUCGAGGCUGGUCUUCCCCCAUCCGUCAUCCAGUUCGUGCCCGGAAACCCCCCAGAGAUCGUCCAGCAGUGCAUCGACCACCCGAAAUUCGCCGGUCUCCACUUUACGGGCUCGACCCAGGUGUUCCGGAGUCUCUGGAAGAAGAUUGCCAACAACCUGGACGUGUACAAAGGGUAUCCCCGCGUCGUCGGAGAGACUGGCGGUAAGAACUUCCACUUGUACCACCCCUCGGCAGACAUCCAGUCCGGCGUCGUCCAGGCCAUCCGGUCCGCAUUCGAGUACUCUGGCCAAAAGUGCUCUGCGCUCUCCCGCGUCUACGUCCCCCGCUCAAUGUGGGAGAAUGGAUUCCGGGACCAGCUCAAAUCCCAAGUCGACAGCAUCACUAUCGGCCCCUGUACCGCCUUCAACCACUUUACCGGACCCGUCAUUGGCCGGCCCGCGUUCGACAAGAUCUCAGGCAUCAUCACCAAGGCCAAGGAGGCGGGCGGGGAGGUUCUGGCCGGUGGGACAUGGGACGACUCGAAGGGGUUCUUCAUCCAGCCCACCGUCAUCGUCACCAAGGACCCCAAGUCGGUGACCAUGACCGAGGAGAUCUUCGGUCCCGUCAUGACCGUCUACGUGUACGAGGACGCCGAGUAUGAGCAGACGUGCGAGCUCAUCGACACCACUACCGACUAUGCGCUCACCGGAGCCAUCUUCGGCGUGGACCGCGCUGCUCUCCAGCGCGCGGCUCACCUCCUCCGCAACUCGGCUGGUAACUUUUACAUCAACGACAAGUGCACCGGCGCGGUCGUCGGGCAGCAGCCGUUCGGUGGGGCUAGGGCGAGCGGGACCAACGACAAGUCUGGGUCUAUUUCCAUCUUUUACCGGUUCAUUUCCGCACGAUCGAUCAAGGAGAACUUUGUCGCUCCAACAGAAUUCCACUACCCCUCCAACCUGCUCGAAUAG